CGGCCCUGGAGCUUUAGAGUGUCCUUCAUCCCAAACUCCAGUUCCAUAUUCUCUUUGUUUGAAACCUUGGAAAUCAAAUCUGAUUGUUGGUCUCUAGGUCAAACCAACCCAAUUGAAUAUUAUCUGGACAUAAUCCCUUCAUCCUCCACAUCAGCUCCAAACAAGUUCUUGUAAAAUAGUGCGCAUGUAGGAAUGGAUCCUACCACGAGAAUCCCGAUUCUGAAAACCUGCCCCUGAGUCUGAGAGAGCCUUGAGCCACCCGUUCCUAAAUUCAAUUAAACUUACGAGCUCUGCUUCGAUUCACUUAUUUCAUUCGGACGAGAAAGAGAGGGAGAGUGAAUGAACAUGGCAACCAAUCGAGAUGGAGUUUCUUUCGAUGAUAUCAGUCUUCUUCUGUAGAUGGAGACUCGUCGCCUCGCCGUUCUCUGCUCUCACCUUCGUCAGGUUGAUUCGGGCUCGUCAAUUUCUACUUCUACCUCGACGAAAUGGCCUAGAUCGACCUGUAUUUCGCAGGUUUCCACGUCGAACUGUGUUGCCACCUUGGGUGAUCGACGUAUUCAAGAUUCUAAGAAGGUUAAUGAAGAGAAGGAUUGCAUUUUCUGCAGGAUUAUAGUAGGCGACUCCCCUGCAUUCAAGCUCUAUGAAGAUGACACGUGCCUUUGCAUUUUGGAUUUAAAUCCUCUGAGUCAUGGACACUCUCUUAUUAUUCCAAAAGCACACUUUUCAUCCUUGGAAACAACCCCUCCUUCUGUGGUUGGAGCCAUGUGUUCUAAAGUGCCCUUUAUUAGCAAUGCAAUUAUGAGAGCUACUCAAUGUGCUUCAUCCAUGGAAAUUUUGGACAAUGCAGAUUCUUUUAACUUGAUUGUUAACAGUGGAGCAGCUGCUGGCCAAGUUAUAUUUCAUACACAUCUGCAUAUAAUUCCUCGUAAAGCACGUGAUCAGUUAUGGAAAUCUGAGAGUUUUAGGAGGAAGCCCCUGAAGUUGGAUGAGGAAGUGACGCAACUUGCAGAUCUCAUUCAAAAACUGCUGAGGUUUGCAGAUGACAAAAGCAAAGCUGGCAAUACUGAAUAGUCCAGUUCUGCUAAACUAUCUGGGUAUGAGUGCCAUUUGUAUUUUAUGUGUACCAUGAUAAAGCAUGCAUUCCAUUUUUUUUGACACCAUAUAAUGAGUUGCUGUGACAAAUUUGAGGACUUCCUUUAAUAACUGUACAGUAAUUGAAUUCCAUGAUGCUUAAGAAAUAAUUAUUUCUGUUGGCUUGGCAUGUCACAAAUUGAUGACACAACUAUAAUCACUGUAUAGUAAUUGAAUUCCAUGGUUAAAAAAUUAUUGUUUCUGUUGGCAAAA